AGAUAUUUAAUGAAUCAAAAUGUUCAAUUAAUUAUGAUGAUAAAACUUUAUUUAAUAAUAAUAAUAAAUCAUUAAUGAAGUCUGCAUCAGAAAUCACUUGUAAUAUUUUAUCUAAAUUAUUUACCGAAGUUUCACAUCAUCAAACUAUUGGAAACAAAUCUAUAUUUUUAAUAUUUGCUCAACACCUGGAUAAUACAUUGAAUAUUGACAAAUAUGUGGAAAAUCUUGAAGAUGUUAAAGGAAACAACAAUCACAGUGAUAGCGAUAAUGAUAUUUUUGAUAAAUAUGAAAACACAAAAAGUUCCAAGGAUAAUAAUAAAAAUGACAACACAAGUAGCCAAUCAAACCAUGAUGGUGAUGGUGAGACUAUUAGAUUGCUAGAAAUUGGAAAAUUGCCAGAUAUGAAUCAGAUUGUUGAUAUAUAUCCAAAGGUUAUUUCUUAUCAGUUUCCACUUUUAUUAUUAUUAACUCAAUCAAAGACAAAGAAAGAAGGAAAUACAACUACAACUGCAACAAAAAGUGAAUUGAAUGUUUCUUUGCCUCGAUAUGAAAAGAUAGGACAACAACUUUACAAGGCUUUAGUUAGACAAUGUGAUCUUUGGAAACAUUUAAAAGCACUUUCUGGGAUGUAUUUUAUGUUACAGGGUGAAUCUAUGCAUCAAUUAUGUGAUAUAAUAUUUGAUAGGAUUGAUAAAAAGCAAGUUUGGUAUGAUGGAUAUGUUAUUAACCAUAUUUUUCUAAACGUUGUAGAAAAUUUUAAAUGGUUAGAUAAAAAUUUAGUUAGUGCUUGGAUUGAUGAUGAUGAUUCUACAAAAAGACCAAAUACAACAACUGUUAAUGUUUUUGAAAAAAUUGUUAUUGAUUAUCGUUUGCCAUGGCCAUUGAACAUUAUAAUACACAAUAAGACUUUAAAAUAUUAUAAACGUAUUAUAAUAUUUUUAUUACAAGCGAAACGAGCAAAAUACCUUUUGGAAAGAUUAGCAUUUACCAGGAUUCAAAGUCAUCUAGAAAAAACAGCAGCCAUGAUAUUAUUUUAUGGUGUCAGAAUAAAAUUAUUAUGGUUUUUAAAUACAAUUUAUGAUUAUACAAUGAGAACAAUACUUCAUUCAGAAACUGAAAAUUUUCAUAAAAAAAUGAAACAAAUUUUUGACGUUGAUGAAAUGGUAAAAAUGCAUGAACAAUUUAUUCAAACAACAUAUGAUAGAUGUUUACUCAAUGAAAAGGCAAAACCUAUUCAUAAUUCAAUAUUGGAUGUAUUCAAUUUGACAAUACAAUUUACUACGUUAUAUACAAGAUAUCAAGGUGAAAAUGUAUCAUUUUUUGAUCAUUCUAAAGAUGAUCAAUGGAUCAGGCCAAAUAAAAAUGAUAACAAACCAUUGAUACCUUCAAUAGUAGACUAUGAAGACUUUCUCCAAGGUCUAACUAUAAUUGAUAAGGAAUUCAAUAGACAUAAAGAGUUUAUAACUGAUACCGCUAGAGAAAUUGCAAAAGUUGGAGGUUUUUGGUGGCUUGAUUCUUUAGCACUGUCAUUAGGAUAA